AUUGUGGCAAAGCGUUAUCUCCCAGCGAGAGGAACAAAGCCUUUGCCGCGGUACCUUUGGGACCUAGAAGAUUUGAAGAAGAAAAGUGGUGGACAGUACACGCCCGAGCCUAUGCAAGAUAAAUCGUCUUCAACUCCGCUUUUAGCUCCUUUAUCUCGCCAGCUGCUUCGUCGAGUCGUUGCUCCAGGUACCGUGACUACAAACUGCGAGAUAGAAAUGUCCUUAGGAAAACAUACAGGUGGUGACGAAAGCAGCAUCGCUGUCGGGCUGCGAAAAAAUGCGAAAUCUACAAAAGAGUGGGGAGAUUUGCCAUGCAGUCAAACCGCGCGU